AUGGCUGCCAACGACACCCGGGGAUGGAUCAUGAGCGUUGUCUCAGGCAUCGCCUGUGUCCUCGGUUCUUCCAUUAUCUGUGUCGAUGUGCUGGUGCAGGUCAUCUCUCGCCGCAAGAGCUUCCAAAUUGCCAACAGUAGUAAUUUCCUGUCGGCUUCAUUGUGCCUAAGUGCGGGAGUGAUGCUCUUUACCUCCCUGUAUAGCAUGCUCCCCACUUCGAAGCAGUACCUUACGCGCGCCGGAUUCUCUCCUUCCGCUUCUGCCUACAUUUUGAUCGGUCUAUUCAUCGCCGGAGUAGCAGGAAUUCAAAUUCUAUCUGGCUUUGCGCACCGAUUCAUUCCAUCACAUGUCGUCGACUGCGCUCAUACUCACGGCGAGUCGGAAGACGAUCCCGAGCGCGGCGAACCUCAAGUCGAGGAUGACUUCAGUCGCUCCCACAACCAUAAACACAGAAAUGGAAACAGGAACGUGAUCAGAAGUACGGAGCAAACGCCGCUCUUGCGGUCCACGGAGCAUCCCUCGUUCAAGUCUACGCCGGCGGUGAUCCAGCGGAGCCAGCACAGCGAGCCAGCGCCAAGACGCCGCGAGACCAUGCGAGUAAUGUUGACACGACGAAUCACUGCGUUGAUGGGUGGCGUCAAACCACUCUGCGACGAGGACGGUCCCUGCUUCGGGGUUUCACAGACCUGUGGCCGCGAAUGCACCAAAGUACUUCCGCCAUCCGUCAAUGAGAUCAACCGGCCAAACUUAGAGCACCGCGGCAAUUUAUCCGCACCCCUCGAGACAGAAAUCUCUCGAGCGGAACGCGACGUCGGAACCGACCAUGUGUCCACCGAUGGAGGAUACUUCGACAACAUCUCCGCUCAGCAUACCCUCCAAUCAUGCGUUGCCUCCUCCGCUUCGUCCCAGAUAGCAUCGCACUCGGAUCACUUUGCACACUCUCAUUCGGAUCAUCAUACCGACUCUCACCACCACGCAGAUGACGCCGACUCCUUCCGUCCCAAGUCCGCUGCUGGAAACCCUCACCACCACCACGUUCCGCAAAAUGCUUUCCUGUCCAUCGGACUCCAGACGUCGCUUGCAAUUGCUCUCCACAAGCUCCCCGAGGGAUUCAUCACCUACGCGACCAACCACGCGAGUCCGACUCUCGGGUUGACGGUGUUCCUGGCUUUAUUCAUCCACAACAUUGUGGAAGGUUUCGCCAUGGCCCUCCCAUUAUAUCUGGCCCUGAACUCCCGCUGGAAAGCGAUGUUCUGGUCCAGUCUACUCGGAGGCAUCAGCCAGCCAGCCGGUGCUGGCAUAGCCGCGUUUUGGAUUUGGGGCACCGGCCAACAUGGCAGCGAUGAUGCGACAGGGCCUUCGUGGGGUAUCUACGGCGGCAUGUUUGCUGCUACGGCGGGCGUUAUGACGUCUGUUGCGCUGCAGCUCUUUAGCGAAGGGUUAGGUCUCACGCACCACCGCGGCAUGGGCAUUGGCUUUGCUGUUGCCGGUAUGGGACUGAUGGGCGUUAGCUUCGCUUUGACCGCAUGA